GGAGACGGCGGCCAUUUUGGUCCUAGUGCGGAAGUUGUAGUUGUGUCUCGGACCCGGAGUGCUUGACGGUUCUACCUUUUCAUGGUCAGGUAGCGCCUGGCGUAUCGGCAACCUUUUUUUUUUGUUUUAUUGUGCCGAUUCGACACGAAACUACCCGAAAAAUGGCAGGCAAAUUACCGGCUUGUGUCGUGGAUUGUGGCACAGGCUACACAAAGCUUGGGUAUGCUGGAAAUACAGAACCGCAGUUCAUCAUUCCAUCAUGUAUUGCUAUCAAGGAAUCUGCAAAGGUUGGUGAUCAAGCGCAAAGGAGAGUGAUGAAAGGAGUUGAUGAUUUGGAUUUUUUCAUAGGCGAUGAAGCAAUAGACAAACCUACUUAUGCAACAAAGUGGCCUAUUCGUCAUGGCAUUGUUGAAGACUGGGAUCUGAUGGAGAGAUUUAUGGAACAGGUUAUUUUUAAAUACCUUCGAGCAGAACCCGAAGAUCAUUAUUUUCUUUUGACUGAACCACCAUUAAAUACUCCUGAAAACAGAGAAUAUACGGCUGAGAUCAUGUUUGAAUCUUUCAACGUACCAGGUCUUUACAUUGCUGUUCAGGCUGUUCUUGCCUUAGCUGCCUCAUGGACAUCUCGACAGGUUGGUGAGCGGACAUUGACUGGAACGGUUAUAGAUAGUGGAGAUGGUGUCACUCAUGUCAUUCCAGUCGCUGAAGGCUAUGUGAUUGGUAGCUGCAUUAAACACAUUCCUAUUGCUGGCCGUGAUAUUACAUACUUCAUCCAGCAACUUUUGCGAGAUCGUGAAGUGGGCAUACCCCCAGAACAAUCCCUGGAAACAGCGAAGGCUGUAAAGGAACGCUUUAGUUACGUCUGCCCGGACUUGGUAAAAGAGUUCAGCAAAUAUGACACAGACGCUGCCAAAUGGAUCAAACAAUAUACUGGAGUCAAUGCCAUUUCCAAGAAGGAAUUCACCAUUGAUGUAGGCUAUGAACGAUUUUUGGGUCCGGAAAUUUUUUUUCACCCAGAGUUUGCAAAUCCAGAUUUCACACAGCCCAUUUCAGAAGUAGUUGAUGAGGUUAUUCAGAACUGCCCUAUUGAUGUUAGGCGUCCACUUUAUAAGAAUGUUGUCCUCUCUGGUGGCUCAACUAUGUUUAGAGAUUUUGGACGUCGUUUACAACGAGACCUAAAGAGGUCAGUAGAUGCUCGGCUCAAACUUAGUGAAGAAUUGAGUGGUGGAAAACUAAAGCCUAAACCAAUUGAUGUUCAAGUGAUAACACACCACAUGCAAAGAUACGCAGUUUGGUUUGGAGGGUCAAUGCUAGCGUCCACUCCGGAGUUUUACCAGGUAUGCCACACCAAAAAAGAUUAUGAAGAGAUUGGCCCCAGCAUUUGUCGCCACAACCCUGUCUUUGGAGUCAUGUCUUAAGGCUGAUCUUGAUAUUAUAAGGGCUGAGGGGAAGCCUUGCUUUUUGGGAGCCUGUUGGGUCUGGAUGACUGGUGUUGUGUUAUUAAAAAUGGCUUGAUUUUUAAAACAGAUGACCAAACAGUAUGUGGUUGGCAAACUUUACAAUUGUGUCUUAAAAUGGGCUAAAUUGUGUUGCCAAAAUAUGAGCAAUUUUUCUUUAUAUUAAAAAUGUUGAACUAAUUUGUAAAAAAAUAUAUAUCUAUGGUGGUUUUGGAUCAGAUUAUGCCCUACAAGUGAUACAUUUGAUGGGAACCAAGACGUGGGAUUUGACUGAUAUUGGAAGGUCAGCUCUACCAUACUUGUAUUGUACCCACGAUGUACUAGAGCUUGUUUAUAUUUCGUAUAGAUUUUUUUUAAAUACAUCUGGUGGGGGGAAAAUGAAAAAAUUAGGUAACCUAUAAAGUAAAUUAAUGGCAAGAAAAUGUAUACUUGGUAAAGAGUAUGAAGGUACUGAUCAAUAGGAGUUGCACAAAUAAUCAAAUCUCAGUAACAUAAAAUGAAAUGAGAGAAGUUAAUUUCUGAAAACAGAACAGAAAACAUACUUGUUGUUUAGUUAACGUAACAACUUUUACUUUGCCCAAGGAUGGAAUAGUUUGGCUGUUAGUGUAGUUCAUUGAUAUGUCUGUAUACGAGGCUGGUAUAAUAAACUACCUACAUUCAUUGAGCUUAGUGCAGACUGAAACAUUCCUAACAGGAAUUCUAGCACCAAGCAGUAAAUUGUGAUUUUUAUUUUUUUUUAUUUUAUUGUUUAAAUUGGUCUUAUUUGUGUACAAUUCUGGUAUUUCUGUACCCUUCUAAAUAUAUAUCCACAUUGAAUAAGCUCCCAAACAGUUUGUCCAAGUCAUGUGACUUUUUUGGUUAUUUGUGACUCCAGUCUGUUCCCAAAAGAAUAAUGAACUGUAUCUCCCAUAACAAAAAUGGCUAACUCCGCAAGUGCUUUGGGAACUAUUUCUUACUCAAACUAACAGAUGCCUGCUAGUGCUUUCUGAAUACUGAAUGCAUUUUCUUUGUUUCUUGCUGCAAAAAAAAAAAAGACUGUUGGAUCAGUAUUGUAGUUCUAGAGUCUCAUUUUGAUUUAAACCAAAUAAUCUAAUCAAAGUGGUGUAUUUAAUGCCUUGCACCAUUCCAAUAAAGGCAGAAAUUUCUUUUUAAAA